AGAGCGCAGAGAUACAGCUGCAUCUUCACAUGCAGUUACAGCUAAACUCAAUGACUAACAGACAAGUAUAGCACUGAACCUGCCUGCAGCCUUUCUGCACGGCACAAACCUUAGAUGGUUCAUACAAAACAUCUGACAGAUGAUUUGCUCUUUUUAUUUUAAAUAACUUACAGCUUAGUAAGAUUUUCACCAUGGUGCUCGGAAAGGUGAAAAACUUCUUUGUCAGCUACGACUGUCUCAAUGACAGUAAUGUCCCUGUCUUCGCCAGUGGGGACUCUGUCUCGGGUCGGGUGAUCGUUGAAGUUACCGGAGAAAUCCGCGUGAAAUCUUUGAACAUUCACGCCAAGGGACUGGCGAAAGUUCGCUGGACCGAGUCACGUAAUGCUGGAUCCAACACUGCCUACACACAGAAUUUCACUGAAGAAGUGGAGUAUUUAAACCACAAAGACGUCCUUAUUGGACAUGAUCGAGAUGAUGACAGCUGCGAUGAAGGCUUCACCAUUCUUCACUCAGGGCGACACGAGUUUCCCUUCAGCUUCGAACUGCCCCAGAUGCCUUUGGCGACCUCCUUUGAAGGUAAACAUGGUAGUGUGCGGUACUGGGUGAAGGCAGAGCUUCAUAGACCAUGGCUCCUGCCCAUGAAAACCAAGAAGGAGUUCACCGUCUUUGAGCACAUUGACAUCAACACUCCAUUGUUACUGUCUCCUCAGGCUGGCACAAAGGACAAAACCCUUUGCUGUUGGUUCUGCACCUCAGGGCCUGUAUCACUAAGUGCCAAAAUUGAGAGGAAGGGCUACACUCCAGGAGAGUCUAUCCAGAUCAUCGCAGAGAUUGAAAACUGCUCUUCCCGUGUUGUCGUGCCAAAGGCAGCCAUCUACCAAACCCAAACCUUCUUUGCCAAAGGGAAGGUCAAGGAGAUCAAACAACUCGUAGCUAACCUCCGAGGAGAUCCUCUACCAUCUGGCAAGACAGAGACUUGGGAUGGCAAGAUGCUCAAGAUCCCACCAAUAUCGCCUUCCAUUUUGGACUGCAGCAUCAUCCAUGUGGAAUAUUCACUCAUGGUCUAUGUGGACAUCCCUCGAGCUGUCAACUUGACCCUGAACCUGCCCCUGGUGAUCGGGACCAUUCCUCUCCACUCCUUUGGCAGUCGCACCUCUUCUGUCAGCAGUCAGUGCAGCAUGGCUAUGAGCUGGUUGGGAUUGCCUGAGAGACCUGAAGCUCCACCAAGCUACUCUGAAAUCAUCACCGAUGAGGAGCGACAGAACAACUUGGAGCUCCCAGCUGUGAGGGAUGAGAUUGAAGGACCACUUUAUGCUUACAUCCAUGAGUUCCGCUUCCAGCCUCCACCCCUGUAUUCUGAGGUUGAUCCCCAUCCUGAGCAGGUGUGUGACACCAUGGACAGGAGACCAGAUACCUGUCCAUCCCGCUGAAGGAGUGACCACACCUGACCAGUGCUGUCAGGGAUCUCUUAUCUCUACAACCUCAACUGGGGUUUGUUCUUUCUCCGUGAGGAGACAUGAGCGUCCAUCUUGGUGACGCAGAUGGAUAUCCACCAGGAAACACUCCCAAUCCAGGUCGAGUCCAGCUCAGUGGACUCAAAUCCACUGAAGAUCUUGAGUGAUUCCCUUCCCCCUCCAUCCUUGGUGAAAGGGGUACAGACAAGAUUUGUCGGAGUAAAACUGUGCCCUUGACACCAAAAUGGACUAAACGCAACACCACUUAGUGCAAGAAUGGUGUCCAAACAUCUCCAGCCUUGUUCUGGAUGUGAUUCUUCACUUAUUUGAAUGAUUAGACCGAAUCAUCUCGAAGAUUUAUUGGUGAUCAUUGUACUAGGUGCAACAAAUAACUCCAACCAUCCUGCAUCCACUCCCAACAGAAUAAUGACAGACUGUCUUUUUGUCAAUUGUUUGUCAUUUCUCAACUUCGAAGAAGUGGCUUUACCACAUUGAUUUUCUUUUUAAGAAGCGUUUUAAGAACGUCAGAAACUGUAGAUGUGGAUACAUCAAUACCUGCUCGAAAGCAUUAUGGGUAGGAUUCUGACAUGCCACGUUGCCUUUCUGCUUGAAAGAAACUGCGAGAGCAUCAACCUGAACAUGGCACUGAUUCAAGUGGCAAAAGAAAAGAGACCAUUGAUGGCGAAUAAAGAGGACACUCCUCGAGAUUCCUGAAGACAUUCCUGAAUCAGUCCUAAUACUCUUACUGUUACGAGUUACGCAGAGAACCGCACUCCAAAACUCGUUUAGAACCGCGUACUAUAUGUGCAACUAAUAGCUAACUAGACAUAUUCUUUUAUUUUUUAUGUACUCUUCUGCCUGUGGCCUGUUGGCAUAGGCCUUUUUUUGUUUAAAGACAAUUAGCACUUUUCAUCAGUUGCAUUCAAAGUGCAUACCGAAGCUUGACAAACAUAUGCUCUGACGUUUAUAUGUGAUUCUAGGCAUGUUUGUUUACAUAAAUCUGCUGUUAACAGACAACCUUAGACUAAUGAAUCAAUCUUUGUGGCCUUGGCACAAAAACCAUGUUUGUUUUUAAUCAGUUUAUGGCUGAAUUUGUGCGCUGUGCUGACAUGUACCUAUUAAAAAGGGACUAUGUAAUUUUUGUGAACUGUAUGCAUCCUUACCUUGAUGUUUGUGUUGGGUCAUGGUAAAAAUUGUUGCAGUUUUGUUUUGUCUUUUGAGUGUUUUACUUCAGAUACUACAAGAACAUUCUCAAACAUGCACUUACAGGGAAUCAAAGAACCCUCAUAGAGACUGAAUCUGAAAUGCAUACUGCAUAUAGGAAGCUUCAGUCAGGCUGGUCCAGAGCUAAUUAAACUAGCUUCCAUUUUUUUCCAUUUCAAGGGUUGAUGGGUGAUCUGGGUAUUAAGCUACUCCCAAAUUGAAUGGUGCAAUAUCUGCUGUGUGUUUCCACAGUUUAGUAUUCUCGGCUUGUUUCUAACUUUUGUAUCAUUUUGUAGGUUGUCUGUAUGUUUGUCUGUUUUUGCUCCAGUCGGUUCAAAUAAAUAUGCCAUUUUAUACAACAACUAAA